CCUUCUUUAUGGUCCAGCUCUCACUUCCAUACAUCACUACUGGGAAAACCAUAAGAUAUUACUUCUUAAUUUUUUAAAAUAACUUUUUAAAAAUAUCUUUUCUCUCUCUCUCUUUAAAAAAAGUGUCCCCAGAUUCUUUGAAAAAAAUCUGGUAACCUUAAUCAAGAGAGCCUUAAGGUCCAGCUGGGCUGUGAGGAGGCUAAGAUUUUAAAGCAUUAUCUUACUGGCCACCUAGCAGGGAUAUCGUAGGAGUGGGUGUCCUACAUUGGAAGUGGGUUGGGUUGGAUUAGAUUGGCUUUGAGGUGCCUUCCACCUCUAUGAUUCCCUCUACCAGGUUUAUGGAAAAACUGGGUUUUUAUUUUUUUUGUAAUGUCAUGGAACCAUAGCUGUCAACCUUUCCUUUUUUGCAGGAAAUCCCCUUAUUCCAGCGCCAUUUUCUGCUGCUUCCUGCUGCUAUCCUGAAUUGUUAGAUAUCCUGUAGACUGUCCCCGGGACAGGGGAAGCUGCUGAUCCCUUAUUUUCGAGGCUGCUGAUCCCUUAUUUUCAAAUCUGAAAGUUGACAGCUAUACAUGGAACAUUCAGGGUCCAAUUUUAUGCUGCCUUCAAUCUGCCGUAACAGUAUUUCAUAGAAUCACAGAACUGUAGAAUUGGGAAAUGAUACAUAAUGAGUUGAAAAAAAAUGUUUAAAAUAAUCUUUGUUAAAAAGCCUGAAGCCUUCCUUUUUGGAAUUCUAGGCGCCGAAAUCUCAAGGGAUCAUAAAAGACUAUUUAUGUAUGUGACCUCGGCUGCACGGAUGUUACUGGCCCAGAGAUGGAGAGAAGAUGUGUAGUGGUUAAGAGCGGUAGACUCGUGAGCUUAAGGAGAAACAGACAAAUUUGAGGAUCAGAGCUGUACCUGAACUGGAGAAGGACAGUUUGAUAGACUUUCUCACACAGGAACUUGCAGAAUGUUGGGAGCUGGAUUUGGAACAAGAGGAAUUUAAAAUUGUGAGGGCCUUUAGAUUGGGAAGAGGAGGGAAGAAAGAGAAGAACAGAAUAAGAGACUGUUUGAUUACCCUCAGAUCUAAAGAAGAGAGAGACAGAAUUUUGGGUUGGCAUUACCAGAAGACUUUGGUAAUACAACAGUCAAGAGUGGAAAUAUUUAAAGAUAUCCCGAAACAUCUUUUGGACCUUAGGUCCAAUUACGGAGAUUUGGUUGUCCUGCUGAGAAGGAACAAACUCAUCUUCAGGUGGGAAUUUCCCCAAGGCCCAUCCUUCAGUUUUAAAGGAAGGAAAAUAAAAAUAAGAUCAGUAGAAGAUAAAGCAAAGUUUUUGAAUAACUAUGAGGAAGAUCUGCAGAAGGAACUUGGAAAAGAGUUAAGAGCAUUGGACAGAAGAUCACCAGACAGAGGAUUAGAGCAAAGAGCAUUGGACAGAAGAUCACCAAAAAGAGGAAUAGUGGACAUUGCAACAUUACCUUUUGGACUGGACCGCCUAGUGACACCGACACUACCAACAGAAGAAGAGCAGGCAUUGGGUGCAGUUGGAGGAUAAUCAGAGUAAUUACAUCAUGGCACUGCAAGUAUUAAGCUGGAAUGUUAAUGGACUGAAUUCCCCGGAAAAAAGGCGGAGAGUCUUUCAUUUAUUGAAAAAAGAACAAUUGGACUUGAUUUGUUUGCAAGAAACACAUGUGACAAGGCUACAUAGGAAGAUACUGAGUAAUAAAAGAUUGGGCCAAGAAUUUAUUUCAUCAGAUAAAGUCAAAAAAAGAGGAGUAGUCCUUUAUGUAAAGGAGAGCCUAUCACCGAAAUUUAUAUUUAAAGAUGACCAAGGAAGAUUUGUCGCAAUUGAAAUUCAAUCAUAAUGCUGUGAAGAUGGAAAUGAAACUAACACCAACUGGUUCCUUUAGAUGGAGGAUGAAUGACACUUUGUUUAGGAAUGAAGAAGUGACUAAGAAGACCCAAAAAACCUUGAGAGAUUAUUUUGAGAUAAAUAUGAACACCACUAUUGAAAAAAGAGUAAUCUGGGACACAAGUAAAGCGGUUAUGAGAGGAUUUCUGAUACAACAGAAUGCAAUUAAAAAGAGAGUUCAAAAUGAGAAAAAAGACAAAAUUUUGGAGAAAAUAAAGGAAGGAGAGAAGAAAUUGAGAGCGAAACCAAAGUCGCAGGAGAUCCUGAAAGAGAUAAAGCUAUAUCAUGUACAAUAUAUGAAAAUGAUGAACCAGGAAAUAGAAUGGAAAAUUAAACAGAUGAGACAAAAGACUUUUGAAUCGGCAAAUAAAUGUGGGAAACUGCUGGCUUGGCAAAUGAAAAAAAGACAAAAACUUAAUACCAUUACAAAUUUGGAAGUGGAAGGAAAGAAUAUACAGAAUCCAGUGGAGAUCAGAAAGUGCUUCCAGAGGUACUUUAAACAAUUAUAUACACAGGAGACGCAGAAAGAAAUGGACAUUGACCGAUUUUUGAAAACAAAUGGACUACAAAAAAUCUCUCAAGAAAAUAAACUAAUGUUGAACUACAAAAUAACGGAGCAGGAGGUAGAAGGGGCCAUCCAGAAUAUGCAAUUAGGCAAAUCUCCAGGACCGGAUGGUUUGACCUCAAGAUAUUAUAGAUCCCUGAAAGAAUGGUUAGUACAGCCAUUAAAAGAAGUUUGUAAUGAAAUAUUGGAAGGGAAAAGGGCACCAGAGUCGUGGAAGGAAGCAUAUAUUACACUUAUACCGAAAACAGAGUCUGAGAAGACACAGCUUAAGAACUACCGCCCCAUAUCUUUGCUUAAUGUGGAUUAUAAAAUUUUUGCAGACAUUUUGGCUAAAAGAUUAAAAAAGGUACUAGUAGAAGAAAUUCAUAAAGAUCAAGCGGGCUUUCUCCGGGCAGACACUUGUCUGACAAUACAAGGAACAUAAUUAAUAUUCUAGAAAACUACAAGUGAAUAUUAAUACUAAAGCAGUUUUGAUAUUUGUGGACACGGAGAAAGCCUUUGACAAUAUUUCCUGGAGUUUUAUGAAGAAGAAUUUACAGGGGAUGGGGGUUGGUCAAGGUUUUGGAAAUGGUAUAGGUGCAAUUUACUCAGAACAAAAGGCUAAAUUAAUUGUGAAUAAUGUAGUGACGGAAGAAUUUAAGAUAGAGAAAGGAACACGACAAGGUUGCCCAAUCUCCCCAUUGCUUUUUAUAUCGGUCUUGGAGGUUCUCUUAAACAUGAUUAGAAGGGACCAAAUGGUUAAAGGUAUACAAGUCGGAGCUAAACAGUACAAAUUGAAAGCAUUUGCCGAUGAUUUGGUAUUGACAUUACAGGAGCCAGAAUCUAGUACCAAAAGAGUAUUGGAACUGAUUCAAGAAUUUGGUCAGGUAGCGGGUUUUAAGUUGUAUAAGAUGAAAACUAAGGUUUUAGAGAAAAAUCUAACAGUGACUGAAAGAGAGAGGUUAAGAAAGUGAAAUACCUAGGGGUCAAUAUGACUGCCAAGAAUGUUUAUUUAAGGAUAACUAUGAAAAAUGUUGGAUGGAAGUGAAAAAGGAUUUAGAAAUAUGGUCAAAUCUGAAUGUGAUGGGAUGAUGAGCUGCUUGUGCGUAAAAUAGUAUCCCCUCAGAGUUUGUUCAAGUCCACAAACCUCUGUCUGUGACGGAGCCCCUCAGACAUGGCUCCUCUAGUCACUAGCAGAUUCCGACAGUGGUUGCUUUCGGAAUCGCUUCCAACAUAAAAGCUCCUUAACGGAAACACGUCUUCUGGACUCUCUGCGUGACAGUUUCCGGCGAGGAGUGGGUGUUCCUACAGGAGGUCCUGAAACCUCCCCACUGUUUUCGCUGGAAGUGUCUCUGAGCCAUCCCUCCAGCUCACUUUCCCUCAGCUCAGCUCCUCUCCCCUACUGGUUCCCUCUUCAGCUGCUGAGUCUCUCCCAACCUGUGUGAGCCCUUUCACCUCCCUUCCUUCCGAUGGCAGUUCCCUGACAUCCACCUCCCCUCCAGGGCCCCUUUCACCCCCUCUCGCCCCCUCUACGGGCGGUGAGGAGGCAAAACCCCGGAAUGAACUUCCUUCAUCUUCCGAUGUCUCGAACACUUCUCUCCACCUGUUGCGGUUCCUGGUCUCGAAGUACUCCUCCUCCUCAGAGUCCAUCUCCCUGUCCCCGUCCGAGUCCGGGAAUCCUUCCAACUCCUCCUCCUCAUCAGUGGUCCCAAAGUAUUCCCUCCGGAACCUCUCCACAGGCUGAGGUUUCCUUGGGAACCUUUGAUGGAACGUUUCUAUCAAUACCUCGUCAUUGAUAUCUUCGGCCAUUACCCAAGUGUUUUCUGACUCGGUUCUCCUUCCCACGCUACCAAAUACUCCACCUGAUCCCCCUUCCACCUGGCGUCGAGGAUUUCUGCCACAUGGCUGCUGCAUUCUCUUUCUUCUAUGACCGGUCCCCGAGUGGCCAUCCCUUCUCGUCCCCUUCGUACGGUGACAGUAACGACCUGUGAAAUACUGGGUGCAGUUUCAUGUGGUUGGGUAACCGGAGCCUGAAAGCCACUGGGUUGACCUGUUGAAUGACCUCAAAGGGACCCAACCUCCUGGGUCUUAAUUUCUUACAACCUCCUUUGAACGGCAACCCUUGGGUUGACAGCCACACCCUAUCUCCCACCCUUAUGGUUUCACCUUCCCUUCGGUUCUUGUCUGCCUGCCUCUUGUAUUCUUCCUUCGCCCUUUCUAAGUUGAGUUGGAGCUGACGAUGGAUUGCUUCCAUUUCUUCCACAAAAUGCUCGGCUGCCGGGACGCUCCAUCUCUCCCCAUCUCCCCUGGGAAAGCCCUGGGAUGACACCCAUAAUUAGCCAAGAAGGGGCUCAUCCCUGUGGACACAUUCUCGGCAUUGUUGUAGGCAAAUUCCGCCAGCGCCAACUUUUCUACCCAGUCAUUCUCUCUGUCAUUGACAUAACACCUCAGGUAUUGCUGGAGGACACCGUUUGCUCUUUCCGCCUGCCCGUUGGUUUCAGGGUGCCGGGCAGUCGAAAAAUUGACCUCCACCUGCAGUAAGCUCAUGAGCUUCCUCCAGAACCUGGAAGUAAAUUGUUUUCCUCGGUCUGAGACCACCCUCAAUGGCACCCCGUGCAACCUAAAAAUGUGUUCUACAAAUAACUUCGCUGUCUCUUCCGCCGUGACUGCAUGCGAGCAAGCUACAAAGUGGCACAUCUUUGUUAGUAGGUCUACCACCACCAUGAUGGCUGUUUUCCCUUUGGACUUCGGCAGAUCAGUCAUAAAAUCUAUCGACACUGCCUCCCAAGGUCGUUCUGGGGUUGGUAAGGGUUCUAACAGCCCCGCCGGCGCCCGCCUUUCCCUUUGGCUCGCUGGCAUUGCUCGCACCCUCUUACAUACUCACGUACAUCUUCCUCACCUUAGGCCACCAAAAUUCCCUGGUGACCAACCACAUGGUUUUGUGUUGUCCAAAAUGCCCCGCCGUAGGGCUGUCAUGCAACUGCUUGAGUACCCUCCCCCUUAAGUCUCCUUCAGGGAUAUACAGUGCCCCUUUGUAAUACAAAGCUCCAUUUCUUUCCUCGAAACCCCUGGUUCCUCUCCCUCACCCCUAAGACCUCUGAGCUUAUUCUGGGCGUAUUCAUCAUUCUCUGUUUCCUCUACCAGUUCUCUUUGUCCCACCAAUGCCGCCCCACACACCCAGCGGUCCUCUGGAAUGACAUGUCUCUCUUCGGGUGCUCCCUCCCUCCAAAUAUUCAGGUUUGCGUGAGAGAGCGUCCGCCCUAAUGUUCUCUGGGCCUGGCACGUAACCAAUCUCAAAGUUAAAUUUGGAGAACUCCUGGGCCCAUCUCACUUGCCGUUGGUUGAGCACUCGUGCCGUCCUCCAAUACUCUAGGUUCUUGUGGUCAGUGCACACUUGCACCUUAUGUUGUGCGCCAAUUAGCAGGUGCCUCCAUCUCCGGAACGCCUCAUGAAUGGCUAGUAGUUCUCGGUCAUACACCGUGUAGUUCCUCUCGGAUUUGUUCAGCUUCGCGAAAAAAGCACACGGUCUCCACUCUGACUCCUCCUUCCCUGGCUGCAGAAGCACCGCCCCAAUCGCUCUGUCUGAUGCGUCAGUUUCCACUCUCAUCGGUUUUUGUAAAUCCACAUGCAGGAGUUGUUGUUCCGAGGCGAAGGCCCUUUGUAGUUCCUCAAAUGCUCGCUCCGCCUCCUCAGUCCAAACGAACUUCUUCUUACUGCUGAGACAGUCCGUAAUGGGCGCCGUCAGGUGGGCAAAGUUUCGGAUGAACUUACGAUAGAAGUUCCCAAAUCCUAGGAACCUCUGCACAUCCUUCCUUGUUUUGGGUGUUUUCCAUUCCAGCACCGCCUGGACCUUGCCGGGAUCCAUGGCCAAUCCCUUGUCUGACAGGCGAUACCCCAGGAAUUCCACCUCCUUGGUAUGAAACUGACACUUCUCCAGUUUCACCCACAGCAGGCUGGCUUGCAGCCUGCUCAACACUUCUCUGACGUCUCUCACAUGCUGCUCCUCAUUCUCAGAAUACACCAACACGUCGUCUAAGAAGGCCACACAAUUCUUGUAAAGCAAAGGCCCCAGGACGUGGUUCAUAAACGAUUGAAAGCAUGCGGAGCCUGCUUGUAGGCCGAAGGGCAUAACCAAAUAUUCAAAUGCCCCUAAAGGGGUGAACAUGGUGGUUUUCCAUUCAUCCCCCUUCCUUAUUCGUAUCAGGUUGUACGCCCCCCUUAGGUCCAGCUUUGUGAAAAUCUUUCCCUUCCGCACCCUUGUCAAAAUGUCGUCAAUCCUGGGCAUAGGGAAGGCCACUGGUUCUGACACUGCAUUUAAGGCCCUGAAGUCACACACCAGCCUCGGCUUGUUCGUGUUUUUUUAUCCACAAAAAAAACACUGGGCUGCCCCCCACCGCCCUGGACUCUCUGAUGAACCCUCUCUUCAGGUUCUUGUCAAUGAACUCUCUUAGCUCCUGCAUCUCUCUGUCUGACAUGGCGUACAGCUUGCCUACAGGGAGCUGUGCCCCAGGGAGUAAAUUGAUUUGACAGUCAAAGGGUCUAUGCGGGGUAGUUGGUCAGCUUCCUUUCGCUGAAGACGUCGCGGAGAUCUGCGUAUUGUCGUGGUACCUUCACGUUCUCCGUUACUUCAGUCCCUGCUAGGGUGGCUUGGGCCCCUGCCAAACCCUUUCCUCUUUGCAGUGUUCUAAGCAAUGUGCUGAACCAAAAGAAACCACUCUCUGAUGCCAGCCCACCAGCGGAUCAUGUAACGCUAGCCAGCUCAUCCCCAAUAUAAUGGGAGCUCCUCCCAAGGUGGCCACAUUAAACGCUAUCAGUUCGGUGUGCCUUGCCACCUUCAUUAUCAUUGGGACGGUCUGCAAGCUGACUUCUCCUCCCAACAGCUCCCUGCCAUCGAUCGUGGUCACCUGCAGGGGGUUGCUUAAAGGGAUCGUCUGUAUCUGGUGUUCAGCUGCAAACUCUUUGCUCAUGAAAUUGCAGGAGCUGCCUGAGUCCAACAGCGCCUUUAUCUUUAGAGGGUGUCCGCUUGGCAGCUCUAGCGCCACUUCUAUCACUAGGGCGGGUUUAGGAGGUUCUGGCGUGGGCACUCUCACUGCUCUUUGGCCUGGCUGCUGUGCCCCGACGGUGGCAGCCAGGCGUUGGCUUUUACUUGCUCCGGUAUUUCUUCCUCUCUUCCCUCCACAGCUCCUACCAUCCCUUGCCAUUCCUUCCUCUGGGGGCAGACUCUGGCAAAGUGACCUGGCUGUUGGCAGAGAUAGCAUUUCCGGGCGCGUUGUCCUCCUUCUUUCCCCUCACUGGGCUUUGAAACUGCGCGCGCGCGCUGUUCCGAUUUCCAUCGGCUCUGCCGGCUGGAAAGUUGGCUCUGGAAUGUCUGGAAUGCGGAACUCCUUCCAACGCUCCCCUUCCCUUCCCGCCUCUCCAAUGCUCUCGCUCCUGGCGCGCCUCCUAUGGUCAGCGCUGAUUUGGUCAGCUGGUCCAUAGACUCCGCCCUGGGCGCCCGGGAAAGUUCGUCUUUCACAGCCGAAGAAAGCCCUUCUUCAAAGAGCAUUUGAAUGGGUUCCGCCGAUAAGUCCCACCCCAAUCUGUGAACCAGCAUG